AUGUCCCAACUAAUUCAAUUGGUUUUCGCAAUUCUCUGGUUUCAGAGAAUCGUCUACGGUAUAGACAUACCAGAAUACUCGUAUUAUACAAAUCCUGAUUUUGACUGUCCGGAGUGUGUACUGAUCACCACUGCAUCAUCCUUGCAAGGGACUAUCAACACCAGCACUGAUAUCCCUACAGUGGAUGAUACCACAACUACAACUGAAGUACCUACUACAGACGAGACUACGACUACAACUGUGGAACCUCCUACGGACGAGACUACCACUACAACUGUGGUACCUCCUACGCCCGACCCUACUACUCCAACCUCUGUAAUUCCAACACCGGAUCCCACAACCCCUGAUCCAGAGCCAACUGAUCAUGAAGAGCCACAAGUUCCAACCACAGAGGACACCCCUCCAAUUCCUCCAAUUCCUCCAAUUCCUCCAAUUACUACCACCACAGAGCUGGUUAUUCCCUCUGAACCUAGUUCAGAAGAAACGUUUGUGGAAACUACGAUUGGACCACCAGAUGUCACUACAAUUGAAACGCCUGUUACUACUUCAACACCAUCAGUUGAGGAAUCUGUUGUCACUUUGACUAGUGAACUUGUGACCACUCUACCUUCUCUGACAACUACAAUUUAUUCUCCUGUCAUAUCUACUAUACUCACUACAUUUCAACCUGAGCCAAUUGUCUCCAGUAGAGUAUAUGAAGAUAGAUUUACUCAAACCAUUGUCACUUUUGUCAGUUCAGCUGCUCUGGUUAUCCGUGGUACUGUAACAGAAGCUUGGUCUCUCUCCUGCACUCAAACACCUGUGCCUCAUGAAAUAACUACUUGGAAGACAGUCUCAGAACCAAUAAAUACGGUACAGUACACUGUGGUUUUAUCCUCAUCACCUGUCAGCCAUCUAAAUUAUACAACUUGGACGACAUUUUAUAAGGUGAAGACCAGGACAAACUACGCUAUUUAUGGCGAAAACCAAGUAGAAACAUUGACGGAAUAUCAAGAUCGAUGUUUGACGCAAUACGAUUAUUAUACAGAAGUAAACACUUAUCUACUGUGGGCCAGCUCAACAACAAGAACUGGCUAUUCAACAAUAGUUGACAGAAAUACUGUGUUGACCACACUGUACCCUGAAGUGGUGACCAACACCUUAUUGGUCACAGACUAUGUACCAGUUGCGGUUCCCAUUCCAAAUGUAUCGACCAUUGCUGCUGAAGCUCCUUCCACGAUUUACAACACUGUAUAUGUCACCGAAUUCCAAACGUUCACUGUUACUGUCACUUCACCUACCGUGUUCAGAACAUCAACUAUUACCGAAACUCUGGAAGCUCAAGUUGCAAUCUUUACACAGAGUGAGCCAGAAGUUCAAGUAUUCACGCAGGGAGAACCAGAAGUGCAAGAAAAGAACAUUGCUCCAAAAAUCUCAAGACCUAGCUACAUCAUCCCAUUAUUGCUACUGCUGUUGGUAUAA